AUGACAAUUUCAGCAAGGACAUUCCCAACAUUUAAACAGCUUUAUAAAACCAUUACACAAGAGCUUCUCACAUAUGAAAACAAAACUCUAGCAUCACUUAAAAAUCAAGAAGUAAAAAAUUUGAAAGCUUACUAUACGUAUCAAAAACAUCUUCUUACAAAACAAAGUAAACCAACGGAUGAAGUCGACACGAAAUUGAAACAACUUGAAACAGACUCUGUCUUUUCACCAGCCACUGAAAUACAAGAUCUAAAACUUUUGAAUAAUAUAAUCGAUGAUAAGCCAGGAAUAAACUCGUCAUAUGAAUUGAACAAUUUAAAUAACGUGGCUAUUUACCUUAAGAACCAACGAGAAUAUUUUGAUUUGUUAGUGAGAUAUAAUCCUGGAUUGUUGAUGGAUCAACAGGAAAAUGUUACCCAAAGUGCUCAUCGUGUCGGAUUGGAAGUUCCUCGAUGA